GGCGGAGGCGCCAAGAUGGCGGCGGCGCGCUACCCGGCGGUGGUGGCGUCCCUGAGGGCGGACAGCGCGUCGGCGAGGCGGCGGCGUGUGGAGCGGUGGCAGGAGGCGGCGCGGGCGGCGGGGACGGCGGCGGAGCGGCUGCGGACGCUGACGAAGCUGCAGCGUCCCAAGCUGGUGCUGCCCCCUCAGACGGCCGCCCCGCACGCCGACCGCUGGUUCCAGAGCUUCACCAAGACGGCCUUCCGCGCCGGGCUGCCGCCCGCGCUGCGCGCCCCCGCGCCGCCGCUGGACGCGCUGCGCGCCGCCGCGCGCGACUGCCUGCUGCAGGAGCAUGCGCACCUGCGCCGGCCGCGGCGCGCGCCCCCGUGUCCGGGGGAUCGGGAGCGCGCCGCCUCGCCCCUGGUGGCCCAGCUGGUGUCGGCGCUGAGCGGCCUGCUCGCCACGCACAACCCGAACCUGGCCCGGGCCGCCGUCGAUUUUCAACAACCGGUACAUUUCUAUUGGCUGCGUGGUGAGGAAGUUAUUCCUCGAGGCCAUCGACGAGGUAGAAUUGAUGCGCUGAGGUAUCAGAUAGAUGACAGGCCACACAGUCAGAUCCGCCUGCCCAAGCAGCUUCCACAGUUUGUCGCCCUGGAUGAUCCAGUUCCCGAAGAAAUUCCUGUUAUAAAUUGUAGCCCAGACAAGCUUCCGAUGUUUAAACGACAGUAUGAAAACAGGAUAUUUAUUGGGACAAAACUAGCCGAUCCAUGCUGUUAUGGUCAUACCCAGUUUCAUCUAUUACCUGACAGUAUGAAGAGGUCUAGACUUGUGAAAGAAAAUCGCGCGGAUCAGAUUGAAGUUGGUUACCGAGCUAACGCCAUUGCGAGUCUUUUUGCUUGGACUGGAGCACAAGCCAUGUAUCAAGGAUUCUGGAGCGAAGCAGAUGUUACCCGUCCCUUUGUCUCCCAGGGUGUGGUCACCGAUGGAAAAUAUUUCUCCUUUUUUUGUUAUCAGUUGAAUACUUUGGCCCUGACCGUUCAGGCUGAUCGGAAUAACCCCCGUAAAAAUAUCUGUUGGGGUACGAAAAGCAUGCCCCUCUAUGACACAAUUGAAAAUGGUGAGGUGAAAGGCUUUAAUGAUGAAGUUCUGCUUCAGAUGAUUCAGUUUUUACUAAAUAGGCCGGAAGAAAACGAAUCAGAAGUACUGAAAACAUAAGAAAUAUUUGAGAUGAGCAAAUGUCUGGUAAAAGUUUAGACGUAAUUGAAGGUAUAAUCAAAGCUGUAAAAGUUAUAGUACCUGUAUUAUUGCCUGUAUUAAAUUUUGAAAAUAA